AUGACUCUGCGAGGAGGCUUUGAGAGAACGUGGUUUGGCUGCUGUAGAGGUGCCUGCUGCUGGGUGUUGCUGCUGGCUUGUUAUUUCCUGAUGGCCAUGGCAGCCAAGCCGAAAAUGCCAGGCCACACACACCUCAAUUCAAUACGCAUUGAUGGGGAGAUAUCUCUGGGCGGACUGUUCCCAGUGCAUGCGAGGGGGAACGACGGCAAAGCCUGCGGGGAGCUUAAGAAGGAGAAAGGGAUCCACAGGCUGGAGGCCAUGUUAUUUGCCCUGGAUCGAAUCAAUAAUGACAAUGAGCUGCUGCCUAAUAUCACUCUGGGGGCCCGCAUCCUGGACACCUGCUCCCGGGACACUCACGCUCUGGAGCAGUCACUGACAUUUGUUCAGGCGCUGAUUGAGAAAGACUCAACGGAUGUCAAAUGUCUCAGCGGAGGGCCGCCCAUCAUCACUAAGCCUGAGAGAGUGGUGGGAGUGAUCGGUGCAUCUGCCAGCUCCGUGUCAAUCAUGGUAGCCAACAUCCUGCGUCUCUUCAAGAUCCCUCAAGUGAGCUACGCCUCCACGGCUCCAGAACUGAGUGACAACACCCGCUAUGACUUCUUCUCCCGGGUGGUGCCCCCGGACACCUACCAGGCCCAGGCCAUGGUGGACAUCGUCAAGGCCAUGGCCUGGAACUACGUGUCCACCGUGGCUUCAGAGGGAAACUACGGAGAAAGUGGCGUCGAUGCGUUCAUUCAAAAGUCUCGAGAGGACGGUGGCCUGUGCAUUUCACAGUCGGUGAAAAUACCACGUGAGCCACGAACUGGAGAGUUUGACAAGAUAAUUCGCAGGCUGAGUGAGAACCCGAACGCCCGAGUAGUCAUUAUCUUCGCCAAUGAGGAUGACAUCAGACGUCUCCUUCAAGCUGCUAAGAAGGCCAAUCAAACAGGACAUUUCAUCUGGGUGGGCUCAGACAGCUGGGGCUCCAAGAUCACCCCCAUUCUGAACCAGGAGGAAAUGGCAGAGGGUGCCGUCACCAUCCUCCCAAAACGACAAUCCAUCAAAGGUUUCGAUCGCUAUUUCAUCAGCCGAACAUUAGAGAACAACCGGAGGAACAUCUGGUUUGCAGAGUUCUGGGAGAACAACUUCCAGUGCAAGCUGAGUCGACAUGCGGCGAAGAAAGGAUCCGGCAUCAAAAAAUGCACAAAUCACGAGCGGAUUGGGAAAGAUUCAUCUUAUGAACAGGAGGGGAAGGUCCAGUUUGUGAUCGAUGCCGUGUAUUCCAUGGCCCACGCUCUACACAACAUGCACAAAGAUCUCUGUCCUGGAAAAGUUGGCCUCUGCUCCAAGAUGGAUUCAAUAAAUGGCACAUUGCUGCUCAAGUACAUCCGCGAUGUCAACUUUACAGGAAUUGCCGGCACACCAGUGGUCUUCAAUGUGAAUGGAGACGCUCCGGGUCGCUAUGAGAUCUACCAGUACCAGAUGGCAAAUAACACCACAGAGUACAAGAGCAUCGGCCACUGGACGGAUCAGCUCCACUUAGACAUCAGUGAGAUGCAGUGGCCGGGUGGAACACAAGAAGUCCCCUCCUCUGUUUGCAGCCAACCUUGCCGUGCUGGCCAGCGCAAGAAGACAGUCAAGGGAAUUCCAUGUUGUUGGCACUGUGAGAAUUGUGACGGGUACCAGUACCAGGCCGACACUUACACAUGCAAGAUGUGCCGUUUUGAUUUGCGGCCUAACGCCAACCACACUGGUUGUGAUCCCAUUCCCAUUGUUAAGCUGGAGUGGAGCUCCCCCUGGGCAGUCAUCCCUGUCCUAAUUUCUGUCUUCGGCAUCAUGGCCACAAUGUUUGUUGUCGCCACCUUUAUACGCUACAAUGACACACCCAUUGUUAAGGCAUCGGGUCGAGAGCUGAGCUACGUGCUGCUGACGGGUAUCUUUCUGUGCUACGCCACAACAUUCCUCAUGAUCUCCACUCCUGAUGUGGUAAUAUGCUCACUGCGACGGAUUUUCCUCGGCCUGGGUAUGAGUAUAAGCUAUGCAGCACUGCUUACCAAGACAAAUCGUAUCUACAGGAUUUUUGAGCAGGGCAAGAUGUCGGUCAGUGCCCCUCGAUUCAUCUCCCCGGCGUCCCAGUUAGUCAUCACUUUCAGCCUGAUAUCAGUGCAGCUCCUCGGAGUGUGCAUCUGGUUCGGAGUUGACCCAUCACAAGCCAUCAUCGACUACCAGGACCAGCGCACGACCAAUCCCGUAAUGGCUCGUGGUCUUCUGAAAUGUGAUAUAUCCGACCUGUCCCUCAUCUGUCUGCUGGGUUUCAGCAUGCUGCUGAUGGUCACCUGCACGGUUUACGCAAUCAAGACCAGAGGAGUUCCCGAGACAUUCAACGAGGCCAAGCCCAUCGGCUUCACCAUGUACACCACCUGCAUCGUGUGGCUCGCCUUCAUCCCCAUCUUCUUCGGGACCUCACAGUCAGCAGAAAAGAUGUAUAUCCAGACCACAACCUUGACCAUCUCCGUGAGCCUCAGUGCGUCCGUCUCGCUGGGAAUGCUCUACAUGCCCAAAGUCUAUGUGGUUCUCUUCCAUCCGGAGCAGAACGUACCCAAGCGCAAGCGCAGCCUGAAGGCUGUAGUCACUGCAGCCACCAUGUCCAACAAGUUCAACCCUAAAGGUGGCCUGAGGCCCAAUGGAGAGGCCAAGUCUGAACUCUGUGAAAGUCUCGAAACACAAGUGCUGGCCUCCAAGCAGACUUACAUAAGCUACAGUAACCAUGCCAUCUAAGACAGAGACGAACCGUAAGAGUGGAGCAAGGGCCUGCUGGAGGAGAAAUCACCUGAUUCUGGGGAAUAGUGGAGAAACACUGGAGGACUUCAACACUUCUACAGCGCAGAGGACCGGGGUGGAAAGAUGGGAAUUUGUCACUCCAUAAAUAGAGAGGAUGUCAUAUUUUUCUAGAGAAUCAGGUAAAGGCUCGGAUGCCAAAAUUUAUGAGAUAGCGAAAUGAUCUGCAGUAGGGAGGGGGGGAGAUUGGACAGUUAAUUUUCCUCUUCCCACCCUUUCUGAGAUGUGAGCGAGAGGC